AUGUUCGUUUUCUCACCAGGGAGUCUCGUCCUUCGCAGAAGUUUCGUCAGGGGUUUAGUCUUUCGCAAGGGACUCCGCUCAACAACUACACUUCCGUCGCCAAAUAAAGAAGUGACCAAUGCUCGAAUUACAAGUAUUGUCGACCAAAUUUCUUCGUUGACUUUAAUUGAAACCGCUGAACUUGUGCAAUCGUUAAAAACUCGCUUGAAUAUUCAAGACGUGGUUUUACCCACAAUUAGCAACGUUGCCAAUAUCGCGGUUCCAGCAGGCGAAGCCACCGCUCCAGUCGAAGAGGCAAAAGCACCUGAAAAAACUUCAUUUACUGUAAAACUGGAAAAAUAUAAUGCUGAUGCAAAGACAAAGAUAAUUCGUGAAAUGAAGAAUAUUUUACCGGGUACAAACCUCGUUGAGGCAAAAAAAUUUGUUGAAAGUGUACCUAAGACUAUUAAAGAAAAUGUUACCAAAGAAGAAGCCGAAAAGAUCAAAAAGACUUUAGAAGGACUUGGUGCAACUAUAAAACCGUCAAAUGAAGAAAAGUUGAAUACAAUGCAAAAAUUAAAGUGGGAAAAGAACAUUAAGCCACUAGUUGACAGGUAUGCAUCUGCUAUUGAGAUUAAGUCUGUUUUUGAUGAUGAAAUUCAGACACUAUCAACAGAAGUUAUUUUUGAGAAGCCGUUCGAGAGCAAGUUUGACUUUAAAACACAUUAUGAUCUAUUAUGGAUUCAGGACAUUUAUCGACGAUUUGGAGAAAUAGAGAGCACAUUGCGUAAAGUAUAUCGAAAUCAGACAAAUGACCAAAAAUCUUGGAUAUUGCUUGGUUCAAAUUAUGAUGAGAUUCUAAAAAUUUAUGUGAAUGCAAAUGAAAUAGAAAUUAGAUUUUUAGAAAUUGUAGAGAAUACGAUGGUUGUGGAUCUUAAAAAAUAUCGCGAAGAUAAGGAGAAAUUAUUAAAAGGUUUGUAG